UAAUGAAAUCGAAAUCACCACGCUUCUCGGGAUAUCAUUAUUUACCACCUACCUGCCUAAUCCUGGUCAAUACCUAGGUGAGGUGUAAUUUACGAACCUACCUAGGGUACCGAGCAGUACAAAGAUCUUGACUUUUGAACAUUUGAAAUUACAAUUCUAAAAUCCUGAUGCCGCAAAGGAUUUCAACCAAGGCAAUCGCAGUUACAUCCUAGCAAUACCAUCGUACUUACAAUAUGGGUAACACUUUCAGCCAAUUUUUCUUCAUUCCGACCGCCCCUCUCACAGAGAAGAACUGUCCCGAUCAAACAGGGCGAGUCUUCAUAGUGACGGGCGGAUAUGUCGGAGUUGGUUUCGAGUUGUCCAAAAUCCUCUAUACCCACAAUGCCACUGUUUACAUCGCAGGCCGCUCUACAUCCAAAGCUGAGAAGGCCAUCUCGGGCAUCAAAAAGGCAGCGUCUGCUAGUAAAGGCCAUGUAGAGUUUCUCCACUUGGACUUAUCCGACCUUUCCACGAUUAAACCCGCGGUUGAAUCUUUCAAUGCUAAACAACAACGCCUAGAUGUUCUUGUUAACAAUGCCGCCGUCAUGUACCCCCCUGAAGGGAGUACCGAUGCUCAGGGACAUGACCUACAAGUAGGCACUAACUGUCUGGGUCCCUAUCUGCUCUACCAGCUCCUCUUACCGACCUUGACAAGGACUGCUUCGUCGUCACCAACAGCUAGUGUACGCGUCGCAUGGGCUGCUUCUGUCGGCGUGCACGUUGCCUCUCCCCAACCUCAUGGGGUCGUCAUUGACGAUGAUGGUAAACCCACGGACCAAGGUGUGAAGCCCAAUUACAGCCAGACUAAAGUCGGCAACGUGUUCUUUGCACGAGAAUUCGCCAAAACGACGCCACAGACUGGAGUCGUACACGCCGCCUUCAAUCCAGGAAACUUGCGCACGGAAUUGCAGCGGCACUGGACGGGUAUUGAUCAUUGGGUUACAGACACUUUCAUACUUCAUCCGCCUAUUCAUGGGGCGUACACCGAGCUCUGGGCUGCACUUGCGCCCGAAUUGACACCGGACAGAAGCGGUGCUUAUGUUUAUCCCUGGGGGAGAUUAGGUGACCUUCCGGCCGGAAUUGAGAAUGCGGUGAAAGGGGGCAUUGCCGCUAAAUUCGUGCAAUGGUGCGGUAAGCAGACUGAGGCCUUCGCGUAAUUCUCUUAUUACGUCUUUUAACAUCCAUAAUGGAAUCAUACUUGAAGAAAAGGGUGGAGCGUUAAGUAAACACCAAUUUAAUUUAAUCC